GGAAUGACAAUUUUAAAAUUGAGAAUUAUAUUACACUAACCAAAGUAACAAUCCAUUACGUUGACAGUGUGGGUGUCUUUGCUGUGUCACAGGGAGUUUGGUGGAAGGGAGAUAUGUCUUCCCUGUGCGGUCAGAGGACUGGCUGCUGUGGGGCGCGUUAGCUUGCGUAGCAACGGGCAGUAUGAGGAGGCAGUUAGCCUCUACCAUUAGAGGAGAAAUGUCCCUCCUGCAUGGGUGCCCAACCCUCCUUGGGAAACUGAAUGAGACGCUUCGCAAGAGGAGUGGGAAAGAACCAGCAGAGAGAGGCUUGGUGAGAUAGAGGAAGACAAAGGCAGCGUGAAAACAGAAGAGAGAAGAAGUGACUGACACCUGCCCUCCAGCUCCAGUGUGAAGGGCACAGAAUGAGAGAGUAAGAGGAGGGGCAUGAAAAGAGGGAAAACAGAGGAGAGAAUGAAGACAACCAGAAAACAAGGCCUGCCUCACAGCAAACCUCGCUCAAAUUAGACAUCUCGCCACAAGACAUGAUGAUUACAAGAAACGUGCUCCUAUUGGUUUCCCUGUGCCUGUGGGAGGGUCUCGCGGGAGUUUCCUUGGCCAGUAAGAUUGUUCGCAGGAGAGGGGUGCUGAAGCUAGGGGAGAGCAGAGCUGCGGACCAAUGGGAUGCAAGCGUGGAUGCGAAUGCAAUGCCCGUGGUGACUUUUAGAAACCUGAUUAGUCAUGAGCAGACGGAUGACGCAGGAUCUUUUCCUCAUUCCAAAAUAUUGCAGAGUCAUGCUGCUCCAUCAGUAGCUAACAAGGAGUGGCAAGCUUUCAAGCCCAAGCGUGAGGUUGACUCUGUCAAUAAAAAAGCAGUGACUUCGCACAUAUUAGUCAAUAACAAGGAGCUAAACCAGGAUGUAAAGAAAGUCAAGAACAACAGCAAGACGGCUGAGACUUCUACCAGGACAGAAAGGUCAGAGAAGGCAUUCACAAUCCACCAUAAGCCAGAUCUACACACCAAUAAAACUAGGUUUAAAUCAGGCUCUAGAUCCAGGAGCAGACCUGAUUUGAGUGUCCAUACUACAGGUGUGCCAGGCAAAGGAUUCAGUAUAGAUUCAAACCGAAAGUUGAACCUCACUGGCAGUUAUGGGGUUCUGAAGCUGCUGUCGAAAGAGAACUUAGUUAGGAUCGUCAAUUCCCAAAUGCAGAGCGUUCCCAGCCUGAACUUUCCGAGCAAGGGCAGCCGGAGCAGGAAGAGAGAUUUGAUUGACGUUAAUCACAGACAGUUGGAGGCUCAGAAAGAGUCGAGACAAGAUAUGGCUGUCACUCAGCUUCACACUGGAUUUGAUAAUCAGACUGCAUUUCCUUAUUUAAGUGCAGUCACCCCCCCAGAUCUUAAUCGAGACCAGGGAGCCAGCACUCGUAUUAAUCCACUAAGUGAAGUCAGCCCAGCUUUAAGUAAAGGGCAGGGCAACUUGGGAAUGCCAGGUUCAGAUAGUGGCAAUAGCAAGAGCAAACACCCCGUCCGUUUACUGUCAACACCUCGCAGCGAGGUCAGUCUCAGCCCCUGGAAAGAAGCACCAAUCAGCCAAACGGAACUGCCAUUUACAUCGACAAAACAUCUCCCAGUGUAUGCUCCCUCUGAAACAAAUGAUUCUCCGCCAUCUGUGCUGACAAUCCAACCCUUGGGAGCACGGCCGGGGAACAGAGCAGCAGAUUCCCAUAGAGACCCAUUAACAGAGUCAGUUCACACUGCUCAGACAGAACUCAGCACAGCUCAGUACCCUGCAGAUGAAGACAACAAACUUGUCAACAGCAGUCAUGUCCUGAGGCUCCACCCAGCUCCCGAAUGGAGCCACGGUACAAACGACGCUGGUAUUCAAGCUGUCGAUCCAGAAAAUGAGAAGGGCCUGGUGUUUGAGGAGGCAGAGUCCGAGGUGGAAGAGGAGGUGCGUGACCGCAUGGAAGGGAAGGGGUCGCGCUCUCGCAGCAGAAGGAGCUGGAUCUGGAACCAAUUCUUUGUGAUCGAAGAAUACGCCGGGCCUGAACCUGUGCUCAUCGGACGGCUCCACACCGACAUGGACAGGAAUGAUGGACGCACUAAGUAUGUCCUGCGAGGCGAGGGAGCGGGCUCAGUCUUUGUGAUAGACGAGAAGACUGGUAACAUCCACGUCACCAAGCCACUGGACCGUGAGGAGAAGGAUGAGUACCGUCUCAUCGCCACGGCCACCGACAGGCAGACAGACCGUGCCCUGGAGCCCUCCUCACAGUUUAUAAUUCGGGUGCAGGACAUCAACGACAACCCACCUAUCUUUGACGAAGGCCCCUACAUCGCCACCGUGCCUGAGAUGGCCAAUAUAGGCACGUCUAUAAUCCAGGUGACAGCGACAGAUGCUGAUGACCCGACUUAUGGGAACAGCGCCAAGCUAGUAUACACACUGGUGCAGGGCCAACAGUAUUUCUCUGUCGAUCCCCAGACAGGAAUUCUGCGUACGGCUGUACCCGACAUGGACAGGGAGACCCAGGACCAGUACCUGGUUUUGCUUCAAGCCAAGGACAUGGGGGGCCACCUGGGCGGAUUGUCUGGGACCACCACCGUCACUGUCAAGCUCACUGACGUCAACGACAACCCUCCACGCUUCACUCAGAGUAUGUGGUCCUUCUCCGUUUCCGAGCUGGCCAUCCCGGGGGCUGAGAUAGGGCGCAUCUCGGCGGCCGACGCCGACCUCGGCGAGAAUGCUAAGCUGGAGUAUACCAUCCUGGAGGGGGAGACCGGAGAAACAUUCAACAUCACCGGAGUGAACCAAGAGGCGGUCAUCACGCUGAACAAGGCCGUCGACUAUGAGAGCCGGAGCUCUUACUCGUUAUCUGUUGAGGUCCUCAACCCCAUAGUUGAUCCUCGCUUCUUGCGUCGAGGCCCCUUCAAGGACCGGGCCUCCAUCAGAGUAGCAGUUUUGGAUGCAGACGAGCCGCCAAGGUUCUCCCGAACCCGAUACCUCAUGGACGUAUCUGAAAACUGCCCGCCGGCCUGCACUGUGGGCCGGGUCAGCGCUGUAGACCCCGAUACUGGUCUUACCAAUAAUAUCAGGUUCUCCAUUGAUCCCCAGUCAGACCCAGAGGCUCUGUUUCGUAUCACCCCAGACACCGGCCUCAUCACCACAGCCAUGCAGCUGGACCGGGAACGGGACCAUUGGCACAACCUCACGGUCAUCGCCACCCAGAGAGACAAUCCCAGCCAGGUUUCCAGAGUUCUGGUUGCAAUAGAGACAUUAGACCUGAAUGACAAUGCACCCGAACUCGACAGGCAAUACACAACUGCCAUGUGUGACUCAUCCUCCAUCGGGCAGGUGGUGCAGGUGUUGCGGGCGAUUGAUAGAGAUGAGGGAGGGAAUGACAGCACUGUGUAUUUCAGCAUCCCUCCGGAGUCCAGCGCCGCCCUCAACUUCAGCGUCAGGGACAGUGGUGGCCCCACAGCGAGCCUGGUGCUGCUGUCCCAGCUCCAGCCGCUCUCCCGCUCCGCAUCCUCCACCCUGACGCUCCACGUGCCGCUGGUCCUGAGGGACGGGACUUCGGGGCUUACCAGCACCGGGACGGUCACUGUGUCUGUCUGUCCCUGUCUGAGAGGAGGGGCACGGGCCGGGGAGAAAGAGAAGGACAAACAGACCGAGGGCGAGUGGGACUGGGAAAGAGAGGCGGUGUGUCUCCCUCAGCAGUCCACUCUGCCUUCCCCUGGGCUUAGUACCGCCGCACUGCUGGCAAUCCUGGCUUGUGUCGCCACACUACUGGCGGUGAGUGCGCUGUCAUUGUCGCUGCGCCGUCAGAAGCGCGACUCCCUGUCACCGCUAGAAGAGGACGACGUGCGUGAGAACAUCAUAACGUAUGAUGACGAGGGCGGGGGCGAGGCCGACACGGCUGCCUUUGACAUCGCCGCACUCCAGAGCGCCCCGCACAGCUCACGCUCACGUGGUUAUCGUACCCUGGACAGCAGGAAUGUACGUUACUCCCAUCAUAACCAAGACAACGCUCGUACCUAUAACUGGGCUCAGAAUCCGAGUGUGGAUCACAACUACUCAGGACCAAGUGGACCUCUCUAUGGUCGCCUCUGUUACAGCAGCCACACGUUACCUGUUCUCCGCCGCACACCAGGUGGAACAUUUGAACCAGGCCUGGCAGAGCUGGGAUACCGCUUUCCUGGAGGCCAACCAGACCAAUCUCUAGUCAUCCAGAACCAGGGGGCCAUGGUAGGGGCCAUGGAGUCUGGGGGGGUGUACAUCACUCCCACAGACCUCAGCACAGGAAGCCGAACGGGGAGUCGCACUGGAAGCCGUGACGGGACUGCACCCCAAAGUGGAGUAAGCACAUCGGAUGGAGGAACACCGAGGACCAGUGACAGCCAGGAGAGAGGAGGAGGAGGGACAGGAACUGCAAGCAACUGCACAGAGGGGAGCAGUGAGGACAAGGCCAACCAUGGUCAAGAUGUGGACUGGUACCACACCCUACCCCAGCCCCAAACUGAAACCACUCGUGCUCGCCUACGUUCCAUCCAGGUGCAGUCGGAGACAUUACCCAGGGAGCAUCACCUCGUCAUGACCCGAUCGGGCUCCAUGAUGGGCCAGGGUCCCGGCGCAGGAGGCUGGGUGUGCGACUCAGCUACACUCCCCAUGGCGGGACGCAGGGCUUCCCGUGCGGGCUUGUCCCCAAACCGCACAAGCUCUGGCCAGCCUGAAUCUGAUCCCAGCGGAGGAGGAGGAAGCGGUGGAGGAGGAGGAGGAGGAGGCAAUGGAGGGGGAGGGGGAGUGGGAAAUGGAAGUGGGUUCACCUUUACAAAUGGACAACCUGCCAGUGGACGCAACUAUGCCACUGUCCUGCAGGGGGAGGUGUCGGGACAGAGGGACUACCCCGGCAGCUUGGGGAGAGGUGGACUAGAGAUGGGGAGCAACUUUGUGGUGGCAAGGCCAGAAAGGGAGGGCGUAGGGAUAUCAUCUGUCUACCCGGAAGCAGCUGGCUUAAUUGGGGACUGGCGUGAUCGGAUGGGUCUGGGGGGUUAUGUUUUAGGCAGGAGAGAUAUAACCCCCCAGCUUUUUCCUUUCCCAGGGCAGCCUCAGGGAGCAUACGGCGGAGUGAUGGGCUUUGGGGCCGGCUGGGUUCCGGGAAUGGAGGCUAUGAGAGGAGCUCCAGGGCCUGGGGGUCCCUCCUUGGCACUGAGGGUGGGUGAGUUCCUACGUCUGCGUCUUGCCCAAGUCACUUUUGACCCAUCGCAGCCACCGUACGACUCUGUGCAGGUGUACGGCCUGGAAGGCACAGGGUCCCGGGCUGGAUCCCUCAGCUCACUCGAGAGCGAAGCAGAAAAGGAUACAGAGAAGGAGGAGUGGGGGGCCGGGCUGGAAGAGUGGGGACCCCAGUUCCACAAAUUAGCUCAACUCUUCAAAGACAGGGAGAAAGAAAGGGAAGAGAAGAAAAAUGAUGAAGUGGAUGCCAAAAAUGAGAAGGAAAAGAAAGAUGAGCCAGGGAAGAAAGAGAAAAAAGAGGGAGAGGAACAAGCUGGAGAAGAGGGGAAAGACUGAGGAUGGAUACAAAUGAAUCAAAUAGGGGCAAAGAGGGUAAGAGAGGAAGAGAGGGAAUAGGAGGAUGAUGAAAAGGCAACCAGAGCUAGAAUAAUGUGAAGAGAAGUUAAAGGAGAGAAAGAUGAAGAGGCAAAGUAAUGAAAAGAGACGGAGAAAAAUGAGCCUAGGGAGGGUGGAGUGUGCGAGGGCAGGGGAGGGAGUGAUUGAUGUAAUUUAAAGCAAUAAGUGUUGAAACGCUGAUAUGGUUGAGCACAGAUACUGAGACAAUGCAGAGGCUGCUUCUGCUCGGGGCAGCAACAAUUUGUUAAACGGUUUGGACAAAGAAAAACAACCCAAACAUCCAAGACUCGAUUUAAUUCAACUCUCACGUGUGGAACGAGAAACAGUGGGAAACAAGAAGAAAGACGUUUCUCGUUGUGUGUGUGUGUGUCGGUCUGCUCUUUGUGUCCGCAAGUGUGUGUUUGUGUGUGAGAAAAGUCUGUGAGGGAAGACUGAUGUGCGAGCAGAAGUGGAUACAAGCACUUGUUUGUGUGAGUGCAUACGUUUGCAUAUUUAACAAAGAUGGAGCAAUAGAGGCAGGGAGAAUUCAUGGUACCCAGAGACAAUUUAAAGAUGUGACAGAUGAUAUCUUAGCUGCAACAUUAGUUUUCGGGACAAUGUGCAAGAGUAAACAUAUAACAAAGAAGUUUUGAAUCUAGGAUAACACACGUGGGUUAAAAUACUCUAUGUAUUUGAAUAUAAUGUGAACGGGUAAGGGGAUGGAUGUACUGUAUAGAGAGAAGUGGUCAGGGAAAUGAGACGAUUGUACAGAAACUGUUACAUUUUAUUCCAUCUGCUGUGGCAUAAAAGUGAAUUAUUCUGCUCACAUUCAUUCCAAAUGAAAAUGAUGAAUCAUUUAAAUCCUGCAAAAGAUCCUCCCUCCUCUCAGCCCUCAAGCAAAAUAGACAUUGUAAAAAAUUUAAAUGAUUUAGGGAUGUGAUCUCACAUCCUCCUCUCCCCCCCCCCCCCAACCCCCAUCCCUCCAGCAUUUUAUAGUGAGUGUUGGUAUGUUUACAAAGAGUCACACACAAAACACACACACCACACACAAUACACACACACAUACACACAAAAGAACUAAUGAGCACCAUAAGGCUUUGAUUGUACUACAGUAAAUUAUAAAAGCGUAACCAUUCACAAGUAUUCCAUCUACUAUGUAGUAAUUGUGAUUCUAUUAUUCAUCUCUUACAUUUUUUUUAUGGAAAAAGUCUCCUAUUUUUUAUGCAUAUCCCCACUGUAGUCUCACUUCACACAUCUUGAGGACAAAGUAUGCAUGAUUUUUUGAAAACGGCAGCAAACCUAAAAAAGGCAAUCAAUCCCAUUUUCAACACUUGUACUUCCCGAAUGAAAAAUUCCCAUAGAUCUGUAAUGAAAAUGUAGGUAAAAAAAAACCCACAGAGACUCCCACAACAUGGAGGCUUUUUGUCCUUGUUAAAGGUCAGGAUGCAAAUGAGCUGGAGUUUUCAGCUGGAAUGCACUUUUAUACUGUGUGAUGUACAAUAAUAGAUAAUGAAUAAUGUCAAAGAUUACAGUUGUUUUAUAAGAUGUCAAUUCAACAAAAAGAUACAAUGUUUGACUGUAUGUUAAAGCAUUUUAAAUGUAAAUACCACUGAAUAUUAUUGCUAAAUAAAAAAGAGAGUAUAUACAAUGAAAAGUAAGUGAAAAAAAAAAUCUAAAACAGAACUUGUCUAAAUGGAGCACCGUCGAGACUUUCUGUAUGUACUGUAGAUUAGAAAUGGAUGAACUGAGCUGGAAUUAACAGCCAGCUGGUCUGAAAACAACACCAUGUACUCUGCACCUGUGUGGUAAGUGGACAGGUUUGGUUUGUGGUAGUGCUCAUCUGAGAUGGACAAGCAAGGGAUUGAAUUAUACAUGUGGCCUCUGGCAAAAGUUUGUUGUGCAAAAUAUUGGUUACAGAAGCCCUCAGAGCUAGCAAAGAGUUCAGUGGGAGGAAAAUUCAAUGGAAGAAGGGGAAAUACCUCUAAAUCGCAUAGAACAAAAAACUGGAUUAUUACUAUUAUUCUGCAAAAGUAGAAUGAGAGACACUAAAACUGAACUUGUUAUACAGCUCGGUCAUUAUUGCUGCACUGCCCGAGAGAUAUGAAACAAAGUUUUAUAGUUACUUAUCUCUAGAAAUAUAAUGAAGUGUACAUUUAAGAGUAAGAUUUUUAUGGGAAAGUGACUAUCAUUGUUCAUGCAUUUCAGGCAAUGCAAAUUAAUGACCAAAAUAAUCAUAAUAAUACAUUUUGCUUUGUCUUGGCCACUGCGUAGAUCUAAAGUCCAAAUCGAAUUCUCACAUUUUGUCAGAGGGGUCUUUGCCAUAUACCCUAACCUGAAUGUGGAUGUCUUUGGUGUGCCAUCACAGAAAUGUUUCCAUAUCCCUGGUUCACUGUAAAGUCAUCCACAUAAGUCAAGCUGCUAGCUUUGCUGUUGUCCAACCGUUUGGUCCACCAUAAUUGUGUUGUUAUGGUCUGCUUCUGUUAACACUUUGUUAACCAAUCAGGAAGUCAGGCUACACGCUGAAAGAAAUGAAACCCAUAUCCACCUCUAUACCCUUUGCCUGAGACACAGACUUGUCCAUACAGUGCCACUGUGCAGAUUGGAUUGAAUCAGGACCAACGUACAAAUACUGCACAAUAACUGGAGAAGAGUGUGUGUCUGUGUGUGUGUGGAGGGGGGCAGAACCUCGGCCAGGGAUCGGAGUUAGUAAUUUUGCUAAUCAACAGUACCUCAAAGCUACUUAAACCUUUCAUCAGCUAUGCAACACUAAUCCAAGUGACAAGGCAUAUGGGCUAGACACUUGAAUCAAUAUUUGUGCAAACCUUAAAGGUUCCAUAGCAUGAAAAUUUCAUUUUAUGAGGUUUUUUAACAUUAAUAUGAGUUCCCCCAGCCUGCCUAUGCUCCCCCAGGGGCUAGGAAUGGCGAUAGGUGUAAACCGAGCCCUGGGUGUCCUGCUCUGUCUUUGAGAAAAUGGACGCUCAGAUGGGCCAAUCUGGAAUCUUGCUCCUUAUGAGGUAAUAAAGGGCAAGGUUACCUCCCCUUUCUCUGCUUCGCUCGCCCAGUGAAUUUGGGCUUGGCUUUGAAGCCAAUUUGAUAUAGUGGCCAAACCGUGUCAUUACAACUUCCAAUUCAUUAGAUUGGUGGCCUAAAAAAUAUAUUUUUUUUGCUUGAAUGAUAAUUUCUUUCGUAAACCUUAAAUGACUGCCAAAGAAUUUGGAUCCAUUCUGUUAUGACAAUGAGUAUCGUUGUAUAGAGCAUUCAUGCGUUGCUUUGCCAAUGCAUCAUCUGGGCAACGUUUUCCUUAGUAUUUAUGUGAAAUUGGCCAACUUUCUGAGUCCCUCUGACUCUCACCAUACUAAGAAAACUGUCCUUAUUUCCAUAACAGUUUCACCUAUUCUGGGGCAGCCAUUGCGAAAGCAGUUAGCAUGGUAUACCAAUAAGGGAUCUUUCUUGCCAUUCCAAUUACAUGGUUUAUUCCACAAUCUUGAUUGGCUGCAGGUGUUGUAUCUCUGCUGAUUGGUCUGAUUUCAAAGUUCUGCUCUGGCUGAUUGGUCAAAAUCAAAGUGAUGAUUCCCCUGAUUUGGCUUAUUUCAGAGUUCUGGAGUGCUGAACCGACCAAACCACUUGACGGUCCUGAUUAUCCCACCUCCUGAGCCCGGCAAAAUGGUUCAAUCAAAAUGAUGAUUAGUUGAAUCAGUUGUUUAAAUAGAAUACAAUUCUGCAGUCUCUGCAGCACUCCACAGCUCUUGUUUUCAAUCUCUAAGCUAGCUCAGAAGCACAAACCCACAGUGACUGACGAAAGUGGUCCUGUCAGGCCAUUUAUCAAGUCCUCUGUCCAAAAACCCCCGUAUACUGAGGAUAAUGAAGCCACACUCAAAGGAUGAGAGCAGUUAUUUUUGGAUUUAUAUAUGUUGAGAUGAGACCUCGGGCCUCAGAAGUCCUCUUGACCCCAAACAGGUAGACCCCAUUGGUUCUGUGCCCCCCACACACCCCACCCCCACCCUCCGGUAACUUCAUUGCUUCUGCACGAUGUUGUUACAUAUCCACAAUUGCGUGCUGAACAAAGUGUAUUUAUUUCUGUUGUACUUUUUCUUUUUGUAAAUUUGAAUAAAAAAGGAACUAUUU